AAAAUCGAAUCAGAUAAUUUAAUAGAAUAAUUUGGGAAUCAAUACAUAUUCAUCAAAUCUCUCAAAAUAUAUAUAUUCAUCAAAAUUCUCCUAAAUUUCUAUUCACAGCCCACAUUCGAUAAAAAUAAACUGAAUUGGGCCCGGCCCACUAUCUACAGCCCGAAAAUCAUCCAACAUUUCAAUCAAUGAAGCCCGAUUUGGAAGCAUCGCUUUCUUGUCAGUGAACAAGUCCCCACCUCUCCUCUUUACUGAUCUCUCUCUCUCUCUCUCCAUGCAAAAACACACACACACACACACACGAUCUCUCUCUCUCCUCCGCCGGAAUUUCUGAUCUUGAUCUUCGCCGCCAUGAAAACAAACCAACCGAAGCUCAAAACCGCCCCACGCAGCCAGCUGUUUUCGUGCGGAUUCUUCCGCCACUGCGCUCAAACAGUCCUCAGCCCCACCAGCUCCACCCCGCCGCCCCUCCCUCAGGCCGCGCCUCCGCCUCCGCCGCCGCAGCGGCCGCAGCCGGAGUCCUCCUCCUCCUCCUCUUCCAACACCUCCCAGAGCUUCACCCAGUGGCGAUUCCCACUCUCCAACUCGCCCAUGGGCCAACCGUAUUCCCAGCCCAAACCCGAAUCCGAACCCGAACCCGCGCCCGACCCGAACCCGGACGCCGACGCCCCACCCCUCGACGGCGCCGCCCUCGAGGAGCUCUUCCGCGAGGCGGAGCUCCGGUUCGGGUCCGGGUCGGAGUCGGGCCGGGUCGGGGCGGUCCACCUGCUGGAGCGGUCACUGGUCCCCAACCCGCGCUCCGCCGCGGACGGCUGCCCGACGGCGGUGCUGGGCGGCGUGGUGGCAUGCCUGCGGGAGGGGGUGGCGCGGAAGGCGGCGAGCAAGGUGCUGCUGGCGCUCUGCCUGGUGGAGGAGAACCGGCGCACGGCCGUGGGGGCGGGGGCGGUGGCGGCAGUGGUGGAGGCGCUGGCUGACGCGGAGGGUGCAGUGGCGGAGCGGUCGUUGGCAGCGCUGGAGCUGCUGUGCACGACGCCGGAGGGGGCUGAGGGAGUGCGGGCACAUGCGCUGGCCGUGCCGAUGAUGGUGCAGUGGAUGGGCGGGAUGGAGGGUGGGCGGGGGAAGGAACACGCGGUCAGCGUGUUGGCGGUGAUCUACGGCGGGGCGGAGGAGGGAGGCGCGGCGGUGGCGCCGGCGGAGGAGGUGGCGCGUGCGGUGACGCUGGCGCUGCAGGGGGAGUGCAGCGCGAGGGCAAGGAGGAAGGGGGCCCAGCUGCUGAAGAUUCUGAGCGAGAAUGGACGGCUGGAGAUGACUGACGACGAGAGAUAAACGCUCCUCAUUUGUCUCUUUCUCAUUCAAGUUUGCAAGAUGCGAAAUAAUGACUCUGCCCCACCUCAAUAUUUUUUUCUUUUUUCAGUUUUGCUGUGUUGAAUUAUUUAUUAUUAUCAUGUUGCAGUUUUUCUUUUCUUUUUUGUAGACAUGGGAAAUCAUCUUGUAAAUAUAACUGGUCGGUGCAUGUGAGAUUAUUUGAAGCUGGAUUACUUAUUUAUUUAUUUAUAUAAUUAAAGGGCAGCGUAGAGAUGAAAGAUA